GCAUGCACCAUGGCUAGGCCAUCAGCCAUCGCCCAAGACUCUCGUUCCCCAACCGUCGUCUCAUCAAGCAUUCUGUUAUCCAUCUCGAUUCUUUCCUAGCCAUGUCUGACGCCAGCUUUACCACCUUCACCAAUUGUCGAUACUGUCUUAACGGGAAGCUGGUCGAUGACCGUCUGGUCGUAUCUGGCGACUCUGGCACCAUACUGAACACAACUGGCUACAUUGGCGGGGACAUUAUAGAUCUGGACGACGCCAUCAUAGCCCCGGGUUUCUUGGAAUUGCAUACCAAUGGCGUUCAUGGCUUUCAUUUCACCCAUUAUGAAGACAGCAACCAGUACCAGAGCAGACUGAAUGACACAGCUCGCUACUAUGCAACCCAAGGCGUCACUGGGUUCUGGGCUACGAUACCAACCGUGUCAUCAGAGAACUUUAAAAAGAUACUGCCCUCAUUAUCACCUCAGGACUUUCCGGGCGGCGCUUCUCUACUUGGUGCCCAUGCCGAAGGUCCCUUCCUAUGGCCAUCUAAGAAGGGUGCUCAUAACGCGUCGCUGUUUGCCAGUCCACCUACAACUCCUGUCGAUAUAUAUGGCAAUGUGAGUCUCCAGAAGUCAUUAAAACUGGUCACUGUAGCCCCAGAGAUUCCUGGCUCAGCCACAACCAUUUCAACCCUCACCACACAUGGUAUUAAAGUCUCCCUCGGCCACAGUGAUGCCGCGAUCGAACAAGGUGCCGUCGGUCUCUCUGCCGGGGCGAUCAUGCUCACCCACGUCCUCAAUGCGACUUCGCCUCUCACAUCUCGUGCUCCUGGCCUUGCAGGUCUCAUAACCCUGCCUGAGAACAACACACCAAAGCCUCCGUACUACUCAAUCAUUGCUGACGGGCAUCAUUUACAUCCGAGUACGCUAGCGUUUCUGCACCGCGCUGCACCACAGAGAUCUAUAUUGAUCACAGACAGUAUCGAAUUGUCUGGUCUGGCAGACGGUGUGCACCCAGGGCAUGCCCAAAUCCCGUUUCCACAACGCAAGCAAGGCACGCGCGCUACUAUCGAUGGGACCGAGACUCUGAUAGGAGGAUGCAUCAGUCUACAAGAAUGCGUCAGGAACCUGAUCAAAUGGACCGGCUGUGGAAUUGCAGAGGCUGUGCAGUCUGCGACCGAGAACAUUGCGUCGAUGAUGGGAAUAGACGGCGAGGGAGGACGAGGAUUUCUGGUACCCGGACAGAGAGCAGAUCUGUGUGUGCUGAAUGAUGAAGGAGAGGUACUGCAGACAUGGAUUUCAGGGAAGAAAGUCUGGGACAAGGACGGCAUAUAGCCUGAAGAGCCCUCGGUUGAUAUACCCUCAAGUUCGUUGAGCUUUGGUGACGGCUGCCAUCAGGAGACACUACUGACCUUGUCGGAAUAUGGCUAUCACACUUCCGACACCACCCUCAAAGUU